CGGAACCACCGUGGGCCUGGCGUUCCGGUUUGGUUGCAAAGGAAAACGUCCCUCCGCGGAGUGAAGUGGCUCUGAGCUGAGUUCAGGGCACUUCAGGACGGAUACCACAUCCUACCACACCUCUCCUUCGAGCUGCCUCUUCGACUGUUGGAUACCAGCGGGAACUAUUUGGGAGCAGCCUGCAUUUUUACUUGAUAAUACUCUUUCAAACGGAAUGGAUUUAGAGAAGACCUAAUCAGGAUUUGGUUUGCUGUGUGCGUUGUUGUUAAAAACGUUGCUGGUGGAGUUUGCCAACUUUUUGAGGAGGUCACGUUGAAUCUUUCGGGAAGAGGGAACUAACUUGACGCUGAAAUGGAUCAAGCCAGUGGCGGGGAAGACCCGAACAAACCAUCUAAAAAGAAAUCCAGCGAGGAUGAUAGUAAAAACAAAAAGCUGAAUAUACAUAUAAAAACAUUGGCUGAUGAUAUGCGUGAUCGUAUCACCAGUUUCAGGAAAGCCGGGAUGAAGAAGGAGAAGCCGUUCAUCCAGCACCCAACAGAUCCCUUCUCUGCCCAGGCUGAACUUCCUGUUCCUCAGCCACUCUUUGACGACCGCUCCAUGAAUCUCUCCGAAAAGGAGAUCAUUGACCUCUUUGAGAAGAUGAUGGAGGACAUGAACCUGAACGAGGACCGCAAAGCCCCUCUGCGUGGAAAAGACUUGAGCACCAAACGCGAGAUGGUCGUCCGGUACAUCUCAGCCACUGCCAAAUCUAUAACUGGGAGCAAAGUUGCGGGUGGACUGAGGAAUAGCAAGCAUGAGUGUACCCUUUCAUCGCAAGAAUACGUCCAUGAGUUGCGUUCCGGCAUCACGGAGGAAAAACUGCUCAACUGCCUGGAGUCCCUUAGAGUGUCUCUCACAAGUAAUCCUGUCAGUUGGGUUAAUAACUUCGGUCAUGAGGGUCUGGGUCUUCUUCUGGAUGCUUUGGAGAAGCUGCUGGACAAGAAACAGCAAGAGAACAUUGACAAAAGGAACCAGCAUAAACUCAUCCAGUGCUUAAAGGCUUUCAUGAACAAUAAGUAUGGACUGCAAAGGAUCCUGGGUGAUGAGCGCAGCCUGUUGCUGCUGGCACGAGCAAUUGACCCCAAACAGACCAGCAUGAUGACAGAGAUUGUGAAAAUUCUAUCCGCCUUCUGUAUUAUUGGAGAAGAGAACAUCCUGGAUAAGAUUCUAGCCGCCAUGACAAUUGCUGCAGAGAGGAACAAUAAAGAGAGAUUUGCUCCAAUUGUUGAAGGACUGGAGAACCACGAAGCCCAGCAGCUCCAGGUCGCUUGCAUGCAGCUGAUCAAUGCUUUAGUCACCUCCCCCGAUGAUCUCGACUUCCGGAUACAUCUACGGAACGAGUUCUUGCGAUGUGGCCUCAAAAAGACCCUGCCUGAGCUGAAAGAGACAGAGGAGCUAGACAUCCAGCUGAAGGUGUUCAAUGAGAACAAGGAGGAGGACUCGAUUGAACUCUCUCACCGCCUGGAUGACAUCCGCGCCGAGAUGGACGAUAUGAAUGAAGUGUACCAUCUCCUGUCCAAUAUGGUGAAAGACACUGGCUCCGAGACGUACUUCCUGUCCAUCCUUCAGCACCUAUUGCUCAUCAGGAAUGACUAUUACAUCAGGCCGCAGUACUACAAGGUGAUAGAAGAGUGCGUGUCUCAGGUGGUCUUGCAUCGCAGUGGGAUGGAUCCUGACUUUGGCUACAGUAAAAGACUAGACGUGGACUUCACCCAUCUGAUUGAUCAGUGCGUGGAUAAAUCCAAAGUUGAGGAGAGCGAGCAGAAAGCCGCAGAGUACUCCAAAAAGUUUGAUGAGGAGUUCAGCGCUCGGCAGGAGGCCCAGGCUGAGUCUCAGAAGAAGGACGAGAGAAUCAAAGAGUUGGAGGGGAAGAUCCAGGCCCUGGAGUCUCAGAUUGCAGCAGGUCCAUCUGCGUCGGGAGCACCGACUGCGCCACCCCUACCAGGAGGUUCAGCGGCUCCGCCUCCACCUCCGCCUCCUCCUCCCCCACCCCCACCCGGCGGUGGUCCUCCUCCACCUCCUCCCGCCCCUCCUCUCCCUAGCCAUGCUUGCAUUCCACCACCUCCUCCGCCACCUCUUCCAGGCGGAGGACCGCCACCUCCUCCACCACCGCCAGGUUGUGGGCCCCCACCUCCUCCUCCGUUCUUCGGGGGCCCAGGUGGGCCUCCGCCACCUCCAGCAUUACCUGUUGUCAAGCUGCCUUAUGGGCUGGAGCCCAAGAAGACCUAUAAGCCUGACACUGUGAUGAAGCGGGUCAACUGGUCCAAGAUAGUGCCUCAGGAAAUGUCAGAGAAUUGCUUCUGGAUCAAAGUCAAAGAAGAGAAGUUUGAGAAUCCUGACCUAUUUGCUGAGCUCUCCGUCUGCUUCUCCUCGCAGAGCAAAGUAAGGAGAGACGUGAAAGAUGACCCCGAAGACAAAGUACCGCAGUUCAAGAAAAAGGCAAAAGAGCUGCGCAUCUUGGAUCCUAAGACGGCACAGAAUCUCUCAAUUUUCUUGGGCUCGUUCCGCCUGCCUUAUGAAGAGAUCCGAGACAUUGUGCUGGAGGUGGACGAGGAAAGACUGAGCGAGUCACUCAUCCAGAACCUGAUAAAGAACCUGCCAGAGCCGAAACAGCUGAGCGCACUCGCGGAACUAAAGGGUGAAUAUGAAGAGCUGGUCGAGUCGGAGCAGUUUGGCAUCGUGAUGAGUUCAGUGAAGCUCCUCCGAUCGCGUCUCAAUGGCAUUUUGUUCAAGCUGACGUUCGAGGAGCAGGUGAACAACAUCCGGCCGGACAUCAUGAACGUGACGUUCGCUUGUGAGGAGGUGAAGAAGAGCGAGAGCUUCAGCAAAUUCCUGGAGCUGGUGUUGCUGGUCGGAAAUUACAUGAAUGCCGGUUCAAGGAAUGCCCAGACGUUUGGUUUCAACCUGGGUUUCCUCGUCAAGUUGCGAGACACUAAAUCCAUCAGUCAUAGUACAACGCUUCUCCAUUUCCUGGCUGAGAAGUGUGAAGAGUGUUACCCAACGAUGCUAAGUUUUCCAGAUGAACUGGAACAUGUGGAGGAUGCAAGCAAAGUGUCAGCUGAGAUCUUAAAAAGCAGUUUGUCAACCAUGGAACGUCACAUCCAGAGGCUUGAGAAUGACAUCGAGAACUUCCCCAAGAGAGAUGACCCGCAGGAUAAGUUUGUCGAAAAGCUGUCGGGCUUCUGCAAGCAUGCCCGGGAGCAGUAUGAGAAACUUUCCACCAUGCAUAAGAACAUGCAGAAGCUCUACGAGAGCAUAGGCAGCUUCUUUGCCUUUGACCCUCACUCGGUGAGCCUGGAGGAUUUCUUUGGAGAGCUGGCCAACUUCCGCAUUCUUUUCAUGGAAGCGGUGAAGGAAAACCACAAGAAGAGAGAGAUGGAGGAGAAGAUCAAGAGAGCCAAGCUGGCGAAGGAGAAAGCAGAGCGCGAGAAGCAGGAGCGCCAGCAGAAGAAGAAGCAGCUGAUUGACAUGAACAAAGAGGGAGAUGAAACCGGUGUGAUGGAUAGCCUAAUGGAAGCUCUACAGUCCGGAGCAGCCUUCCGCGAUCGGCGAAAACGGACUCCGCGCAAUGGUGAUCAAAGCCCUUCCAGUCCAUCCUCUCGGUGGCCAGGUGCUGCCUAUGGUAACCGAACCCUAGACCGCCGCACAGUCCUGGAAAGGUCUCGCUCACGCCACAACGCAAAUUACCAAGCUCGAUGAUCACCCGCGCCUACCACAAGACGCUAGAUAAGUGCCAAAGAGGCCUGCGAGGUGGAGACCCAGAAGACAUCUGAGGGAGGAACAGACCACCCCUCACUGUGGCACACACACACACACACACACACAUUCACACGUACACUUGCAGCACCAAGGGACAUAAAAAGCCUAAAUGAAGCAUAGAACUGAAGGAUCUACAGUCUAUAGACACAUAGACAUAAAUCUGAUUCCCUCCCUGAAAAUGUUCAUGACCUAAAAGGGUUUGAUUCAUAAAUGAGAACAAUGUCAAUGUGACGACAGUCGUCUGUAUGGACUCUUUGAAAUCAAAACACCGCGAUUGACACACAGAUGUGACACAAGGUAUUUUUCAAGUCAGCACGUGGAAGAGUCCACAAACCUCGCGAGAGAUUCCCACGGGUUUGACAAUGCCCGGAUAUUGCAACAUUUUUAAUAUUAACAUAUUCCAAUCUGUGUAUUAUCUUCUUCUUCUUCUUCUUUUUUUUUGUUUAAUAUCAAAGCUUUAAAAAGCAAUCCACAAACUAUCUUUAUGAAAACUUUUUUUGUGCGCCACGUCGAAUUUUCACAGCAGAUUUUCAAUAUUUUCCUUCCCCCUUGAGGGUUUUUCAGAACAAUACUAAAAUAAGCUUCAUAGGGGAAAAUGAAACUUUUU